UAUUAUACACAGAUAUAUUUUCAUAUGCUUAUAUAUCUGUAUAUAAAAUAUGCGUACCAAUAUACACAGUUUUCACACAUUAUAUAGUAUUAUUGUCUACAUACCAAUCACAUGCCUUGGUGCCUUUUUAAUAGCUGGUUUUGAGCCCGUUCCAACAUGUUUUACAUUAAAAAUGUUUAAUAGUUGACAAAAAUUCCAUCAACAUUAUUAAGAAAAAUGAAUGCCGUUAAAGGAAUGGGUUUAUUUGCCAGUCGAAUCAGCGUUCUAAGGGAUCAACUGUUCUCCAAAAAGAAUUUAUUUUACACGAAUGUAGCCAUAUCCAUAAGCCUUUCAGGAAUCGGUGAUAUUUUAGAGCAACACUACGAAAUUUUAAAGGAGGAAUUAACUUGCUGGAGUCCAACAAGAACUAGAAACAUGGCUAUAUCUGGAAUGUCAAUUGGCAUUAUUUGCCACCAUUGGUACCGUUACCUAGACUCGAAAAUAAGUGGACGAACAAUUGGUAUUGUACUAAAAAAGGUUGUUAUUGAUCAGUUGGUCUGUUCUCCAUUGUGCAUAGCAACGCUAUUUUUUACACUGGCCAUUCUUGAAAAAACUAGUUUGAGUAAUUUUAAAGAAGAAGUUAAAGGAAAAGCACAUAAACUUUAUGUAGCUGAAUGGGUAGUAUGGCCUCCGGCGCAACUGAUUAAUUUUUAUUUUUUACCAACAAAGUACAGAGUACUUUAUGACAACACAAUAUCCUUGGGAUAUGAUGUCUACACAAGUCAAGUGAAACAUGACAAGUCACAGGAUACUUAAUACCAGAUAAAAAUAAUGAUUAGCAAAGUUAGUGCAUUAUAGUAUUUUUAAACCUCCAAGCUGGCAGACUAUCAGAAUAUGAACAUUAAACGCAUUGAAGACAGCUUUAAAUGACUUUAAAGGAUUAUUUACUCUUUUCUUUGAAGAUUCUCAAGUCUCGCUCAUGCAUAAUAAAAUUACAAGUUAAUCUAUCUCAGAGAGGAAGAAACGGAAUAACUCCGUAAAAAAUUAUGUUUCCUGCUGGCGGGAAGUGUGUGACGUUUUAGUAUUCGUAAUUAUUUGCAAAUAUUAAACAAACAUAUAUACAACAAAGACAUAACAAGGAAUGGAAGCGAUGCUGUCCAUAAUUUAAAAAUCUUGAUUGUAUAUUUUGCAUUUUGUACAUACUAGUCGAUUAAAUUAAACAGUCACAUGGAUUAUAAAUAAGUAAAAGGGAAAAAAUAUACACAGUGAUUCACCUAA